AUGGCCUCUCCAACAGACGGCACCGCGGUUCCCCGCAACGAGUCGCCGACCAGAUCUCCGCGAUCAGCUUCGAUAUCGUUGCAAGCAGCCGCGACCAUGAAUGCGGGACUCCAGCACGAGCCCACACGACGGUCGUCUAGCAGCUCCCUUUCCCGACAUCGAUCCUCACCUCAAGCCGGCCGCCGUCGAUCUGCCGUCCUCAUGAACCUCCAGCUCAACGACCCAUCUAUACCAGCUCCUGGCGAGAUGGUCAGCGAAGAAUCCGGUCUCACGACUGCGAGCCCGCGACCGAUUUCUGGCUCGCCCCUGUUGGCUGACCCUCAUCAUCAUAGAGCGCCCAGUCUGGGCGAGCUCCAUCAGGAACUAGAGGCGGAGCAGGAAGCUCAUGUGAACCGCCUCUUGCAGAUGAUUCGACAGCAGCAGCUUGAGCUUCAACGGCUCCAGGCCGGUCAGCCACAGAACGUAAACCAGACCUCUGCUGUUGACGAUAGCAGCGCCAUCUCUGAGCGGUCGGCCCAUGGGACGCCCCAUGCCUCGAGUUCCCAGAUCGCGAUCCCUCCCUCCUUGCCGUCCGCCGGCUCGGGUCCCCGGUCCGCCACUCAUCGCCAUCCCCGAAGCUCCUUUGACAUGGCUCGCGCCGACCUUCAGCGACGAUCUAGAACGCCCAGUCGCAGCGGUGCUUCCCCGCGUCUCCGUUCGACGUCCAUCGGCGGUGAAAGCGGGGACUGGGUCCUUGGCGGCCGAGAUGAAAGCGCCUUCUACCAAGCCGAGACUCAGAUGCUAGUUCGGGAGAAUCAGAUGCUUCGCCAUCGAAUUCGGGAGCUAGAAAAACAACUAUCUGAUCUCGGCACUGGCUCCCCCACUGCCCAUGAGCCCCCUCACCACUCCAGCCUGACCAGAUCUUCCACCACGGCUGAAAAGGAGGAGGAGAAGGCUUCAACUGAAGCACCAAAGGAAACCUGA